UCCCUCAUCUCCUUCUUCUUCCUCUGUCCUAUGAGAAAGAUGGGUUCUUAUCACCAAUGGAGUUUGUCAAUCUGUUUCUUGAUGAUGGUCUGUGGAGCAAUGGGAGCAGCUCCAAGGAAACCAGUAGAUGUACCAUUUGGGAGAAACUAUAUGCCCACCUGGGCUUUUGAUCAUAUCAAGUACUUCAAUGGUGGAUCUGAGAUCCAGCUCUCUCUUGACAAGUACACUGGUACUGGUUUUCAGUCAAAGGGUUCUUAUCUAUUUGGGCACUUCAGUAUGCAGAUUAAAAUGGUUCCUGGAGAUUCAGCUGGAACUGUCACUGCUUUCUAUCUGUCUUCUCAAAACUCGGAGCACGACGAAAUAGAUUUCGAGUUCUUGGGAAACAGAUCAGGGCAACCAUACAUUUUGCAGACAAAUGUGUACACCGGAGGGAAGGGAGACAAAGAACAUCGCAUUUAUUUGUGGUUUGAUCCAUCCAAAGAAUACCACUAUUAUUCUGUAUUGUGGAAUCUCUACCAGAUUGUGUAAGUCUUGAGUUCUUCAUUGAAUCUGCCACUGCCACCCAUAUUUUUGUUUUUUGAAAUCAUUUCGACAACAUCUGUAAAUUCUCAUGAUUUUACUUUUCUGUUAACAAAUUAACUUUUUUUCCAACACACUUACUUUUCAAAAAGAUAAAUUUGCCUUUUCUUGCAAUGUUUAAGACAAAGAAAUGUUUUUUUCCUCUCUCACUCUGACUUAUACUCAACUUUUUGACUUGAGUCCUCACGUGAAAUUAUUAAAUUUAGUCAUUGUUUCUAUUU